GAGACGAACAGGAAGUAGGGAGGGGGCAAGCGGAGGAAAAUAUUCUGGUCCCUGUUGUAUGGUCUUUACAUAGUGCUCUUCCUUCUCCUAUUGUGCGUAUAACGUUCCUGCUUUUUCCUCUUUCACGCGCAGAUUUCUUGCAGGGGCGGUGCUAGUAUGUCACGGCGGCGGCGGCACAGCGACGAGAGCGAUGGGCAAGCUCACAAAAGGAGGAGAACAUCUGAGCCAUCUGAAAUUGAAGAGAGACUUGAAUCUUUAAUAUGCAGAGUGGGAGAGAAGAGUACUUCCUCUCUGGAGAGCAACUUGGAGGGUCUAGCUGGUGUCUUGGAAGCCGAUCUACCAAACUAUAAAAGCAAGAUAUUAAGAAUUCUUUGUACUGUUGCACGUCUAUUACCAGAAAAGCUUACCAUUUACACAACGUUAGUUGGGUUGCUGAACGCCAGGAACUACAACUUCGGUGGGGAAUUUGUAGAAGCCAUGAUUCGUCAGCUCAAAGAAUGUUUGAAAGUCAACAUGUAUAAUGAAGCUGAGUACUUAGUUCGUUUUCUAUCUGAUCUUGUGAAUUGUCACGUAAUAGCUGCACCUUCAAUGGUAGCCAUGUUUGAGAACUUUGUGAGUGUGACACAGGAGGAAGAUAUACCACAAGUACGAUGUGAUUGGUAUGUGUUUGCAUUUCUGUCAUCUUUGCCUUGGGUUGGAAAGGAGUUGUAUGAGAAGAAAGAUGCUGAAAUAGAUCGCCUCUUGUCCCACACAGAAAGCUAUCUGAAGCGUCGCCAGGAGAUUCAUGUACCCAUGUUACAAGUUUGGACUGCUGAUAAACCACAUCCACAAGAAGAGUACCUGGACUGCCUUUGGGCCCAGAUUCAGAAGUUGAAAAAAGACCGUUGGCAAGACAGACACAUUCUGAGGCCUUACCUUGCCUUUGACAGUAUUCUUUGCGAAGCAUUGCAGCAUAACCUGCCUCCGUUCACUCCUCCGCCUCACACUGAAGAUUCAGUGUACCCAAUGCCAAGGGUUAUUUUUCGGAUGUUUGACUACACAGAUGACCCAGAGGGCCCUGUCAUGCCUGGCAGUCAUUCUGUUGAAAGAUUUGUAAUAGAAGAAAACCUCCACUGCAUCAUCAAAUCCCACUGGAAAGAGAGAAAGACUUGUGCUGCACAGUUGUUGAGCUAUCCAGGAAAUAAUAAGAUCCCCUUGAACUACCACAUAGUAGAGGUAAUAUUUGCAGAAUUGUUUCAGCUUCCAUCUCCACCACAUAUUGAGGUUAUGUACACAGCACUCCUCAUUGAACUGUGCAAACUCCAGCCUGGCUCUUUACCACAAGUUCUUGCACAAGCCACAGAAAUGCUUUACAUGCGCUUGGAUACAAUGAAUACUACAUGUAUAGACAGGUUUAUUAACUGGUUUUCCCACCACCUGAGUAACUUUCAGUUCCGUUGGAGCUGGGAAGAUUGGUCAGACUGUCUUACUCAGGACCUUGAGAAGCCCAAAUCCAAAUUUGUGAGAGAGGUUUUGGAAAAAUGCAUGAGGCUUUCCUACCAUCAGCGAAUAAUAGACAUUGUUCCUCCAAGCUUUUCUGUCCUCAGUCCUGCAAACCCAGUGUGUAUUUACAAAUAUGGAGAUGAAAGCAAUAGGUCUCUUCCUGGGUAUACUGUAGCACUCUGUUUAACGAUUGCAAUUAAAAAUAAGGCCAGUAACGAUGAAAUCUUCAGCAUUUUAAAAGAUGUGCCUAAUCCAAAUAAGGAUGAUGACGAUGAUGAAGGAUUCACCUUCAAUCCUUUGAAAAUAGAAGUUUUUGUACAGACUCUGCUCCAUCUAGCUGCAAAGUCUUUCAGCCACUCCUUCAGUGCUCUGGCUAAGUUUCACGAAGUAUUCAAAGUACUUGCUGAAAGUGAUGAGGGGAAACUCCAUGUCCUGAGAGUUGUAUACGAGGUUUGGAAGAAUCAUCCACAGAUGAUUGCUGUUCUUGUGGAUAAGAUGAUUCGAACACAGAUUGUUGAUUGUGCUGCAGUAGCAAACUGGAUCUUCUCUUCAGAACUUGCACAUGAUUUUACUAGGUUCUAUGUCUGGGAAAUCUUACAUUCCACAAUUCGUAAAAUGAACAAGCAUGUACUGAAGAUUCACAAAGAACUGGAGGAGACUAAGGCAAGAUUGGCAAGACAGCACAAAAGACGAGAAAGUGAUGAAGAUGAUGACGACGAUGACCAAAGUAGUGAUAGGGAAGAUGGACCUCUAGAAGACCAAAUAGAACGCUUGCAGGAGAGAGUAGAAUCAGCCCAGAGUGAACAGAAGAAUCUCUUCCUUGUUAUAUUUCAGCGUUUCAUUAUGUUGUUAACUGAACACUUAGUGCGCUGUGAAACUGGUGGGAUUGAUGUAUUUACACCUUGGUACAAAAGCUGUAUAGAGAGGUUGCAGCAAAUCUUCCUACAGCAUCACCAGAUAAUUCAGCAGUACAUGGUGACCCUAGAGAACCUCCUGUUUACAGCUGAACUGGACCAUCACAUACUGGCUGUAUUUCAGCAAUUUUGUGCUCUGCAGGCCUGAGGAUUUUCAUGUGUUGUUUUAUCUGCAAGACUUAAAACCAUUUUUCUUUGAUGAGAGAAGCUCACCAUGGGGAAAGAGGAAACUCUUUAAUUCAGAACAGCUUUCAUGUGUUCCUAUAUAAAGCAAUAUAGUACUCUUAACUAAUAGUAACUGGUUUAGCAUCAUGAGUCUCAUUAGCUAUGACUGACAGAGGAUUAGUGUGUGUUGUGGUUUAACCCCAGCCAGCAACUAAGCACCAUGCAGCUGCUCACUCACUCCCCCCCACCCAGUGGGAUGGGGGAGAGAAUUGGGAAAAAAAAGGUAAAACUCGUGGGUUGACAUAAGAACAGUUUAAUAGAACAGAAAGGAAGAAACUAAUAAUGAUAAUAAUAACAAUAAUAAAAUGACAAUAAUAAUAAUAAUAAAAGGAUUGGAAUAUAGAAAACAAGUGAUGCACAAUGCAAUUGCUCACCACUCGCUGACUGGCUGAUGCCCAGUUAGUUCCCGAGCAGCGAUCCCCCCCCAGGCCAACUACCCCCAGUUUAUAUAGUAGGCAUGACGUCACAUGGUAUGGAAUAUUCCUUUGGCCACUUUGGGUCAGCUGCCCUGGCUGUGUCCCCUCCCAACUUCUUGUGCCCCUCCAGCCUUCUUGCUGGCUGGGCAUGAGAAGCUGCAAAAUCCUUGACUUAGUCUAAACACUACUUAGCAACAACUGAAAACAUCAGUGUGUUAUCAACAUUCUUCUCAUACUAAAUCCAAAACAUAACACUAUACCAGCUACUAGAAAGAGAAUUAACUCUAUCCCAGCCGAAACCAGGAUAGUGUGGAAUAAUGUAUGUACUCUUUUAAUUUGUCCUUUAAUUUGGUUUGAAUCUUUACUUUAUGAUAGUAUUUUUGCUUCUUCCCUCUGUCAUUUAUAUGACAAUAACAAAUAGGUCAAAAAAUUACAGAAUUGGUUACCUCUGACUGUUUGUUAAAGUAAAUAAAUUACAGAAAUGUGAAACAGGAUUUGUGGAUGCAGCAGAAAUGCACCUCUUCAGUGAGCAUUUUGAUAAGAUCUUGGUAGUAUGGCACAAGAAAAAUGACUUAACUCUGGGCAUGUGAAACACUGAGCUUUCAAAAUAGUCUAGAGCAUGUGGGUUUGUCUAUCAAACUGACUAGAUUAUCACAGUUUGAAAUAACAUGGUUGACAAACAAUUGAAAUAUGUUUUUUUAAUGUAUUGUCUGGUGUAUUAUUACAGUAGCUGCAAACAGCCAGUAGAGAAAUUUCAUGAACAAUUCUUGAAGACUGAUUCUUUUCCUAGUGUGUCUGAAAAAGCAUGAAUAGCCCCAACACUGGUCCCAGCUGUUAAAUAAUUGAGACCAAUAGGAGGCAAUCUGUCCUGAAUGGGGCAGAGUUUCCACUUCAGUAUUCCAAAGUACAUAAACUUUGGACACCUUGCACAUGCAUUACAGAGGGGUUUUAUCCUGUUAUUUUGUUUUAGCUUGUAACUCCUUGGGCAGCUGAGCUUGCACUGGAUUGGACCUAUGGAUCAGCAAUGAUGCUAAAACCUUUUUUGAUGUUGAUUGUGGAUAAACCAAGUGCCCAUCUCCUGUGAUUCAGUAACAACUACUCCAUGUCAGUUGAAUCCGCUUGCUUUUUAGUCUCUAAAAUGUGAAGGCAGUGUCUGGCUCCCACACUUUCAAAGAGCAUUUUAGAGCUGAAUUAGAUGGGACUUUGCAAGAAACUUAAAUUGGGGACAUGUACAACCUGGAAAUGUAGUAGCCUUAUCUUUUGUUUGAUAAGUUUGAGUUAUGCAAAUAACAUUAUUUACAUAAGCACUAAGGUGGUUGGUAUCAGGGCAAGCAAUAAGAAAGACAGGGUGGAGGCAUUAUCUUAGGUGCUCAUUCUUUGCAGUAAUUCUGGUGUAUUUACAAGCUGUUUACAGUCUCUGUCAGAUAAGUGUUCAUACUCGGUGCUAUUCAAUACUUGAACUAGAAAAUGGUGAGCUUUGAAGGAUUUUGUUCUAUAAUGGUUGUUUUUUCCCACCAAAUAAGUACUAAGUAAUGCAUAAUUACUUUCAUGCCUACAUUAAUCAAUUGGCCUGAUACUCAAGUGCAGAAGGCAAAAAUUAAUUGUUUGAGCAUAGAUGUAAAGCUUUUAUGUGGUCUGCAGCGAUUGGGCACAUCUUCAGAAUCUUGAAUCUGCUACUUUUUUUUUUUACCUGUUCUGUGUGAUUUGACUAAUUCCUCUACUCUAGAGUCAACCUUAAUGUGUUUGUAAAUUUGUUUUAUACAAGGUGUUUGUCAGUCAUGCACAGACACUUGCUUCAGUCAGUGUCAUGGAUGCCCGCACUCUGACUAAAUGAACAUUACUUUGGUUCAGGCAUCACCGACAUGUAGGCCUGACUGAAAUCAGCCUUGCUGUGCAAACCUUGAAAAUUGUGCUAGGCCAUAUCUUCUCAGGAACUAAGGAAUCUAGGCCACGUCUUAUCAGGAGCUAACAGUACCAGCUUGAGCUGGGACUAGACAAAACUACAACUGCUACAGCUGCAUUCCUGCACAUACACCAAAUGGGGGGGUUGACUACGAAUCAAUCACUUUACACUAUAAAUAUCUGUAGCCCCCUCGAGCCCAUUGAGCUCUCCUGUACUGUAUGUAGUAAGUAGUAGAGUUUUUAAUGGUCAUCUAAUCACUGUCUAAAUUAUUGUUUAAAUCAUCAUUUAAAUCAUUGUCAAAUCACUGUUUAAUUACCAUUCAAUUAUUGCUUAAUCACCAUUUGAUUACCUUUUAAUUUUCGUUAAACAUUGAUUAAUUAUCAUUUUAUCAUCAUUUAAUCAUUAAUAAACCCCUGUUAGUUAACCCCACAACGAUGACUUCUCUCAAUAAUUCACCUGCGACAAAAAUUGGCAUAGUCGGGAGGAUGGCGGAUUCAAUCACUGACUAUGGAGGCACGGAGUUAACCCUUCACCGAAAUUUUCAGAUGAUUAGGCGCAUGAAAAGCA